GAUGAAAUGGCAGCAGGAGCAGCAGCAUCAUAUCGCCUGACUCAUCCCGCAUCAGUACCACUGCCGUAAAGCACCGUGGAGAGGCGCAACACUGAAGAAAAACGACCACGGGCAACCUUAGAAUAGAGUCUAGUGAAGACAAUAACAGACACAUUACUCUAAAGUAAUAAGGAGAAUAUUGUGGAUGGUUUUAUUCUUAUUAGAUUGUGUUAAUAAUAGAAUAAAAAGUAGAAAUUCAUGCAGUAUGAGUACAAGUAAAUACACGUUUAAAGAUCAUACAUUAGAAAAACAGACACUCUAGGGAAAUGUGCUUUUUAUUUUGUAUUUUAUUAAUACCACGUUUGUUUGUUUGUUUGUUCAGUGCAAGAGGAAGCUGCACACUCACUGCGCCAGUGCGCCGUCCAUGUGCGCACUCGUCAGUGCGCAGACCCGGAAAUGGGCGAGCUGCAGCCAUGGGAGGUGUAGUUUUUUUCCCGCACGCAGCUCUGGACCUUUGUUGCGUUUGUUGUGUUUUCUGCACUCGUGAGGGGUCAGCUGUCUUCAUAAAGACAAGAAGCGAGUUUUAGCUUUUAGGGAGUUUCAAGAUGUGUAUUUAAGGAUACGAUUAAGAUUUGGGAUUAUUUUGUAGGUUCUUCGAGUUAGUAUGUGAGGUGGUUUGAAGUUAAAAGAAAAAGUAAUGUCUAGUGUAGUGUCAUGCAUUUUUUGCAUGUCUUUAUCUUUGUGUUUUUUUGUUGUUUCUAUUAUUUUGUAUAGAAACCGCCUUACCAGAAGUAUUUCAAUUAACAACCACAACCAGGUCAUCUCUACAUCUCAUCACGAGGCAGGAAGCCCUCGUUUAUCUCGAGAUAUUGUAGACACAGUUUCAUCAAACACAACCUUUCCGAAAUUCAUAUUAUAGCGUCAGAUACUGACCAUCUUAUUUAUGAAAGACAUACACGUGACACACUUGUCCUCACAAGACAAUGAAAAAAGAAGAAACACAGAUUCAGUCAAAACAAUAACACAUUAAAAUCAUUUUCGUUUCCUAUUUAUGCAGUUUCACUAUAUGUCUUUAAAGCAAUGAAAGAAAUAAUAAUAAAUAAAUAAAAUAAAUGUAUUGCAUUUAAUACAGUUCAUUUAAAAUUCCUCGUUUCUGUUCCUCAACUUAUAAAGUAUAAAACACAAACAGGUUGCAAAACAAUAAACUGAAGCAUAACACCGCCACAUGAUUCACUAAUGCUUUCAUUAAAACGAAGGUGUGCCUAAUAAAGCGACCACGCGCACACACACGCAGACAGUAUGGGGGCGUGGUCGUCCAGACUGCUGACAGUCCUCGUCUGCCAGCGGAUCAGACGAACAGCAGGAGAUGAUGUGCACACAGACCGGAGGCUGAACGGAAGACAACACUAAAACAGUUCUUUAACUUGGACACGAGAGCGUUCAACAUCCAGCAAGUUUUUUUUUGUUUUUGCACGGAGCUGAAGGAGACUAAAUGUCCCAUGAACACUUGCAGGGACGGUAACGAUGAUAAUACUACAACCUGAACUACAAUAUUUUUAGUUCCCUUUUUUAAGGAGUUACUCAUCGAGCUUAUUUGUUUUUUUAAGUGUCAAAUAUUACAAGUACUCAGUGUUUCAGCCUCCCACCCCUCCACUUCACGCGGAACCCAUAAUUGGAGACCUCACCGCGCCACCCUAUUACCGCGCGCCCUCGACCGGAGCAGUAAAAUGCAGCGCGAGCGUCUGCUCAAAGUCUUGGUCAUCGGCGAUCUCGGAGUCGGCAAAACGUCCGUGAUAAAGCGCUACGUGCACCAGGUCUUCUCCCAGCAUUACCGCGCCACCAUCGGAGUGGACUUCGCCCUCAAGGUGCUCAACUGGGAUCAGAAGACGGUGGUGCGUCUGCAGCUGUGGGACAUCGCUGGGCAGGAACGCUAUGGCCACAUGACCCGUGUGUACUACAGGGAGGCGGUGGGGGCCCUCGUCGUCUUCGACAUGACCAGACUGUCCACGUUUCAGGCCGUCCUCAAGUGGAAAGGAGACCUGGACUCGAAGGUCGCCCUUAGCAAUGGGACGCCGGUUCCAGCCGUGCUAUUGGCCAACAAGUGCGACCAGCGGAGUCACGGCUUGUGCCCCAAACUGCCCAAACUGGAGAACUUCUCCAAACAGUACGGAUUCGUCGGCUGGUACGAAACCUCUGCCAAGGACAACACCAACAUUGAUGCCGCCAUCACGUGCUUGGUGAAGAACAUCAUGACCGUGGAGGAUGAGAGAGCCUUGCGUGACGCCACGUCACCCGCUGCCAAAAGCGAACCGGAAGGCAGCGUUCUGGUUCUGCCUCGCUUCGACUACAGCGCAAAGGAGAAAGGACUCAGUGGGUGUUCAGGAUGCCCCUCGCUUCAACCCAGAGACGGGGACAAUGACUAAAGGAGGGAUUUGUUGAAUGUUUAAUAUGUUGUAACUUAAAGAUGCGUCUCACUGUUGUCCUCGCAAAUUCAUUUGUUUGAGGAAACAUUAUUGUAUUAUAAUAAUUAUUGUUUUUUUAUAACAGAAAUGGAGUUAAACUUUUGCAAAAAAUCUAUGCUUUUGAAAAAAAAGUGAUACUAAAAUGUUUUAUGGAUUUGAAAGAAAACAAACAGAAAGAUGAUUAAUUCCUUAUUUUGUAAUGAAGUCAAUUCCUUUAGUCGUGAAUUAAAAAUCUACCUUUGAAACUUUUAAAUACAA